AUGAAAGGCAAGGGUGAAGUGGAGUCGCGCGGGUCGGCGGACGGAUUGUUGGUGGCAUGUGGCGUAGGUUGUUUGUUCAGCUUCAACGUGUUAUUGUGUGUGAUGUUGAGUUUCGUGCGAUACCGAUUUGGUGGCGAUUUGGCGGUGAACGAUGAGGGCAUGUUGGCAUGUCAGGUGGCGUCGUUGGUGGUGACAGCGGCGUUGACAUUUGUGCGGAGUUCGGAGGUGUUGUUCGCGGGAUUGGUUGCAGGGGCGGUUUGUAACGCGGCAGGUACGGGUCUAAUAAUUGGAAGUGAGAGUCGUGGACUGUUCAUAGCGGCAUUAGGGCUGAUUGGUUGCGGUAUGUCUUGCAUCCAGGGUUGUGGUUUCGCCGUACUCGCCCAUCCGGCCCUUGAACCUUAUGCUGGUGCACCCAGGUUCUCACUCGGCCAGGGACUCGGCGGCCUCAUCGCCUGGAUCCUCGGUCUUCUCUUUGACCGCGUCUUCAAGGAACCCGCCGCAGAUGCCAUGCCCGUCGCCGCCGCCUGCGCCCUCCUUAUCGUCGCCUGCGGAUGCACAGUCGUCCCCUCUUGCGGCUUCGUGGCCUUCUUCCGACUCAAACUCCAAGAUGCCACCGUACCACCCACUCUACCCAACUCUAGGGAACCCCUCUACCCCGGAGACCAUCAAAACGGAGACCAUCAAAACGGAGACCAUCAAAACCACAACUCCCUUAGCGGAGAACACAACCCCCUUAAUGGUGACUACGUACCGAUGGCUGCCGACGGGACGGGACUGCUGCCGAUUGUGCCUUACGUGUUCGGGAUCUACAUGGCGUUCGUGGUCACAUUGUUCAGCUUUCCGGGCGUAGCGCCGCUCCGCUGGAACAUCGGGGACAAGGUCAUUUGGCUCAUCGGCGUCUUCCAGGUCGGCGACAUCGUCGGCCGCUUCCUCGGCGGCUGGUCGCAGCCCAUGGCAUCCGCACUCUUUGUCUGUCUCAGUUGCACGCGUCUGCCCCUCGUCUACUGGUGCCUCGCCGCCCUCGGACAGAGCCUCGCAUCCAAAGUUGUUUGCAUGGCAAUCCUCGCCGCCUCCAACUCCUACCUCUUCACCGUCGGCAUGAGCCAAAGCCCCCCCAAGAUCACUCCCAGCCUCCGCGCCAGCGCUGCCUCAUGCUGCAUACUCGGGCUCCUACUCGGCAACGCUACCGGCCUCUGGGCCUGCGGCCGCUUCGCAGACCGACUCCUCCAAAUCGCCAACCGAAGUGACUUUUGA